UCCUCUCUGGUCUCAUCGUGGGCUGUGAUUGGUUAAGGACGUUGCUAGGACAUCACGAACAGUUUACAAAUAUGUCGACUUCCUGAGGCGAACCAAAUGGCUAAUGUGGUCGUAUUAUUAUAUUCUUCGUUCUUUACACAUGUUUUACUCUUCGCUUGCUUGGCUUACACUCAAAACAUUGUCGUUUUCCAGCCUUCCUUUGUGAUUACAACGGGACCAGUGGUCACUGCAGUUUUGCUGGGAAACACCUCGGGUAUCUCUCUUAGCCUGAGGACAGUUUCUCCAUCCAACACAACAGGAAACAUUGGUUCUCCAUCAUGUGUAGCAGAAGAAACAAAUUGGGUCCUCACAAGGGAGCAGCUGGGAAAGACUGCAGUUCGAGUUCAUCUAAGACUGAAUCAAAGUCUGCAUUUAUGUGGCAACAAUGAUACAAACACAGACUGCUGUGAAAGAGCAUUGUGCAUCCUGGAAGCCCUUCAGGUGUCUGCCUGUGUGGACGGUACACCCCAGGCAUCGCUGCUGAUCCAGGCUAAGAUACAUGCCCUGUUGGUUCCUGCUAAUCCUGGAUCUGAUAAUAAAACAGUUAUUCCAAACCAAGUGUACCAGCCCCUGGGCCCUUGUCCUUGUGACCUGACAUCCGGAGCGUGUGACAUACUCUGCUGUUGUGACACGGAUUGUUCCAAUGAAGAUUUGAAGCUGUUCUCAUCCCAUUGUCUGCCAGGACCCUUUGGUGGGCAGGUCUCUCCGGCUCCAGAUUAUCAGUGUUCUGUGCAGUCCACAGGAAAUUCCCCAGAUUGGUUUCCAUUUUUAUGUGUCAACUCUCCCCCUGAAAACAACCCUUACCUUGGUCACUUUUACAAGGGAGACACAAUUGCACCUAAGCCUGGUCCAUCAUUCCAAAGUCCAGUUUUACCAGCUCCAGUCCCAGUUGAUGUUUAUAUUCAAGGAAAUCCAAUUUUCACAUUAAAUGGCCAAUGCUUCACUGUUCCUCAGAAGGUCCUUGGACUUUGUGUAAACAAUGCUCCUGUAGCAUUUCUGAAAAAUUUCAACUAUGAGUGUACAACUCUGCUGCUCUCCUGUCCAACUGGAUAUCCUCUACAAACACUGUCAGGAAACCUAAGCAUUAAAGUGAAGAAUGGACAAGGAGGUGAUGUUGUGGUGGAUGUAACUGAUGAAGUGGCUGCUGAUACGAGUCCAUUUAUUUCCAUAAUAGAUGCAGUUGCCCCCUCAGAUGAGAUGCUGGUUUGUGAAAAUUUGACGUUAGCGCUGCAUUACAAGUUUUACUGGAGAGAAAAUGGCAUCACAGGCAUCACGCUGACAAGGACUAUUGGGACUAUCAUUUUAAAUAGUCGCGCAACAUUAAGCACAAAGUAUUCUGCCACAUUUCUAAAUGGAGAAUUUUCUGGCGAGCCAAACUCGGGCAACCCAGGUUACCAGGUGGGAAGGCCUGUUGUUGCUGGAAUUGUGGAAGCUUUGGACAGCAACACAAGCUUAAUAAAAAGGACAUCAGUUAAUGUUUGGAAACCAGUGAGUGAUGGACUCUGUUCCACUGCUGGGAUGAAACCGGUUCUGUUUGGAGAGAAUUCAACAUCAGGGUGUUUGCUGCCUGUCAGCCGGCAAAAUCUAACUCAGUGUAGCCUUCUGUUUUACAUGAACUUCACAGAAUAUGACUGUAACAGGAAUGAUGUGUGUUGGCCUGAACUCGCCUUUCCCAUCACCAAGUAUUACACAGGCGAGCCAUUUUCUCAGUCGCUGGCUAAGGGCAUGAUCUUGGUUUUCUUCUUUAUCGUUGCCUCAGUUCUUGGCACCCCGUGGAGACAAAUCAGACAGGCGUGGAACAACUCUGCUCACUAAAACUCAGUGAUGAUGGUUUAAAGUGUCACUGAGGAUAAUGACACCUUUUCCUUAAUAACAUAGUAACUUACAUGUUUAUUCCUAUGAUUGUUGUAGGAGUAUAAACUGUUGUAUUUGUGAACCUUUUUGCAAUAAAAAUAUUUUUCUAUUA